AUAGACAGAUUUUCAGGACUAAAAUCCGGUAGGAUUUAAGAACAGUUCCACUUCCGGUAACACCGGAAGCAGUUUGAAGAUGGCGUCUUCCUCCUUCAACGGGGCGGCCGCUGCGGACGGGAAAAGUGAAUUAUUUCGUAACAAGAAGCCGAAGCCGGAGAACCGAGAUGAAUCAGAACUCCUCACUGUUCCUGAUGGUUGGAAGGAACCGGCUUUUUCCAAAGAGGACAAUCCCAGAGGACUCUUGGAAGAGAGCAGUUUUGCAACUUUGUUCCCAAAAUAUAGGGAGGCUUACCUGAAAGAGUGCUGGCCAUUGGUACAGAAAGCCUUGAAUGAACAUCACAUUAAUGCAACCCUGGACCUGAUUGAGGGCAGUAUGACUGUGUGUACAACAAAGAAGACUUUUGAUCCAUAUAUCAUCAUUAGGGCCAGAGACCUAAUAAAACUUUUAGCAAGGAGUGUUUCAUUUGAACAGGCAGUACGAAUUCUUCAGGAUGAUGUUGCAUGUGACAUCAUUAAAAUAGGUUCUUUAGUAAGAAAUAAAGAAAGAUUUGUAAAAAGAAGACAACGUCUCAUUGGUCCCAAAGGAUCUACAUUGAAGGCUUUGGAACUCUUAACAAACUGUUAUAUUAUGGUUCAGGGAAACACAGUUUCAGUCAUUGGACCUUUUAGUGGCUUAAAAGAGGUUCGAAAAGUAGUCCUAGAUACUAUGAAGAAUAUUCAUCCAAUUUAUAACAUUAAAACCUUAAUGAUUAAACGAGAGUUGGCAAAAGAUUCUGAAUUAAGAUCACAAAGUUGGGAAAGAUUUUUGCCACAGUUUAAGCACAAGAAUGUGAAUAAACGCAAGGAACCAAAGAAAAAAACUGUCAAGAAAGAGUACACACCAUUCCCACCACCACAGCCAGAAAGUCAGAUUGAUAAAGAAUUGGCUAGUGGUGAAUAUUUUCUGAAGGCAAGUCAAAAGAAGCGACAGAAAAUGGAAGCCAUAAAGGCUAAACAAGCAGAAGCUCUUAGUAAAAGACAAGAGGAAAGAAACAAAGCUUUUAUUCCACCUAAGGAAAAACCAGUUGUGAAACCAAGGGAAGCUUCUACUGAAAAUAAAAUUGAUGUGGCUGCCAUCAAGGAAAAGGUUAAGAAAGCCAAGAAUAAGAAACUGGGAGCUCUUUCAGCUGAAGAAGUUAAGCUUAAAAUGGAAGCAGAUGAAAAAAAGAAGAAGAAAAAAAAGUAACAUUAAAAAAAAACCCUGGAUGAGAACCAUUUAAGCUAUCUCCUUUUGUAAAGGAUUUUGAGAUACUAGGGCAUUAGUAGCCUGUAUGUGAGAAGGAAUACUCUGAUCACAUUUUUCUGAGUUUAUGUCAUUCUUCAAAACAGUGUUUAUAUAAACACCUGUCCUUUAUAAAUAUAAAUUAUUGUAUUCUCUGUGUGUUUUUUGGAAAACUUUGUGCUAGAAAGUGCUACAUAUGUCUUUGUAUAUAUUGCACCUAAUCUGUUUUGGCAUGUUUUGCCUAAGCAUGAUUUUAGAUGUAAUUUUUAGGUUGUUUAUAUAAAGAUUUUUGGAAUGUGGCUAUUGUAAUUAUCCAUCAAAUCCAGUGUUUGAUGCCACUGGUUAGUCUUUAAAUAUAAUCAUGUCCCACCAUUUGGUUUUGAGCAAAAUAAAUGCAGAUUUUGCAGUGCUCUCUCUAUUGCUAACGA